AAGAACAAAAAUAAACACGUCAGCUGUCAAAAUUUGUUGUGUCAUGUCGCUGUAAUAUUUUUGUAGAAAACCAAACACUGUGAAUUCGUCUCUAAAUAGAUAAAAUAAUCCCCCAUAGUUUAUAACUGAACUAGAAAACUGCCGCUGCGGUCCAACCAGCAUGCAUUGGUACGGGGGCAGUAUUUCCGAAGCGGUUAAUUUAUCGAAGCAAAGAAAUGCAAUAUUCGUUGUUUUUGUCGAAGGUGACAACGAGUUGUCGGCGGAGAUGGCGGCUACCAUCGAUGACUCCGCGGUGGUGACCCGCCUCUCCGACCAGGGGAACUUCCUCGCCGUUAAGCUCAAGAGCGGCUCCACCAACUACACGCACUUCGCACAGAUCUACCAGUUCGUGCCGGUCCCCUCGCUGUUCUUCAUCGGCCGUAACGGCACCCCCCUGGAGGUGGUCUGCGCGGGCGUGCAGCCCGACAACCUCGCCACCAGGAUCGACAGGAUAUUGGAGGAGCACUUCAAAGACAAGCAACCGUCCCCCACACCUGGCGGCGUCCAGCCCUCCACAUCAGCGCAGAACCUCCGCGAGCGCACCGUCAACUUCCUCCAGGCGGAGGCCGCGGCCGCCGCGCAGCCGGCUGAGGAACCUGCCAAGACUGUUGCUGGACCAGCUCUAGACUCAUCACCUCCAGCCAAAGUAGCCAAGCUGGACCCCAAGCAGUCCCCCGAGUCGGACGUGGUGUGUGUGGGGGAUGUGUGCUUCCGCCGGCCCCGCCCCGCCCCCGACCAGCCCGGGCCCAGCCAGGCGCCCACGCCCAGCCUGCAGACGCCCACGCCCACGCCCACGCCUGCGCCCAACGCCACGCCCGAACAGGAACUACUGGUGGGUAUCCCAACUUCUGAGAGUACUGCUAGCAUAGAAGAGAAGAUGGAACGAGCUAAGGAACUCAUAGAAGCAAGAAGGAGGGAGAAGGCAGAUAAAGAAAAGGAGCAAGACAAGGAGAAAGAACUAGAUCGCCGCGCGGCCGGCAAGGGAGUGGCCGAGCUGAAGCGGUGGCAGGCAGACCAGGAGCUUAAACAAAUACAGGAGGAACGCAAACGCGAGAAGAUGGAGAACAACCUCGCCCGGCAGAGGAUCCUGGAGCAGAUCGCUCAGGACCGCCUGGAGAGGCGCGCGAGAGACCUGCCCCCUCCCAGCCAGCCGCAACACUCGCUGCAGGCCCCCGCCACGUCAGGUGACGGCGGCUGCGGGGCCCGCAUCCAGUUCAAGCUCCCGGACGGCAGCUCGCACACCGCGCACUUCUCCGCCGACGGGACCCUGGCCGACGUGCAGCGAUACGUGGCUGAUAACCUGCAGUUAUCGACGUCGUCGUUCUCCCUGUGGACGGCGUUCCCCCGGCGCGAGCUGUCGGAGCCCAGCCGCAGCCUGCGCGGGCUGCAGCUGGCGCCGUCCGCCGCGCUGCUGGUGCUGCCGCGCCGCGCCGCGCCGCUCGUGCCCCGCUCCGGACCCAUCGCCAGCAUCAUCACAUUCUUCACCCAAAUGUUCGCGACCAUGAUCCUGGAGCCGUCGCAGCAGCUGUACGCGUGGGUCCGCUCGCGGCUGUUCCCGCCGGCGGGGCGCAGCACGGGCGCGGCGGGCCCCGCGCCCCCCGCGCCCCCGGGCCCCGCUCCCGCGCCCCCGGGCCCCGCGCGCGCCCCCGCGCCCCCGGCCGCGCCCCCCUCUCCCGCCCUCCGCCGCCGCGGCAACAUCCACCGCCUGCCCAGCGACCGCGCCCCCGACGACGACAACAACACUUGGAACGGAAACUCCACGCAACAGAUGUAA